AUGCACCAGAUUUCAAUAUCUAUCUAUCUAUCUAUCUAUCUAUCUAUCUAUCUAUCUAUCUAUCUAUAUUUCUCUCUAUACUUCUUCUCCUCCGUCUCGUCCUUUUCUUCUUCUUCUUCUUCUUCUUCUUUCUCCUCCUCUUUCCCUUUAUCCUUCUCUUCCUCCUCCUUCUUCUGUCCUCCUCUCCCUCGUUCCCAUUAUCCUCCUCUUUCUUCUACUGAUCCUUCCUCUCCGCCUCCUAAUCAGCGUUCUCCUUCUUCCGUUUAUCUAUACUUCUCUUGCUCCUUCUUCUCUUCCUCCUCCUUCUUCUGUCCUCCUCUCCCUCGUUCCUAUUAUCCUCCUCUUCCUUCUACUGACCCUCCUCUCAAUCCUUCAUCCCCACCUCCUGGUCUGCGUCUUCCUCCUUCCGUUUAUCUAUACUUCUCCUCUUGCUCCUUCUUCUCUUCUUCUUCCUCCUUCUCCUCCUCCUCCUCCUCCUCGUCGUUUUUGCCUUCUUUACUUCCCCCCCCUCUCUCUCUCUGUCUCUCUCUCUCUCUCUCUGUGUCUCUCUCUCUAUUUCCUAUUCCAUGUCCAUUUCUCUUUCUUUUAAAUUUACAAUUUCCCAUAAUUCUUUUCUCUUUUAAAUUCAUGGUUUUAUUGUUUUUCUGUUUCUUUCUUUCUUUCUUUCUUUCUUUCUUUCUUUCUUUCUUUCUUUCUUUCUUUCUAUUUCAUCGACUCCUUUUCUUGCCUCUCCUUUCGUUACUCACUCUUUUCUAUUUACUUUUACUACAUUCUUUACCCCACUAUCUCCUUUCUUUCUUUCUUUCUUUCUUUCUUUCUUUCUUUCUUUCUUUCUUUCUUUCUUUCUUUCUUUCUUUCUUUAUGUCUUUUUUCAUCCAUUCUUCACUUUUAGUUUUUUUUCUUUCUUUUUUUCUUUCUUUCUUUCUUUCUUUCUAUUUCAUCGACUCCUUUUUUGCCUCUCCUUUCGUUACUCCUCUUUUUCUAUUUACUUUUACUACGUUCUUUACCCCACUAUCUUCUUUCUUUCUUUCUUUCUUUCUUUCUUUAUGGUCUUGUUUACUCUUUCUUCGAUUCUUUUCCUUUCUUUCUUUCUUUCUUUCUUUCUUUCUUUCUUUCUUUCUUUUGACUUCUUAUCCUAUUUAUAGUCUUUUUCAUCCAUACUUCACUUUUUGUCCUUUCUUUCUUUCUUUUACAUUUUUACCUUUCCCUAAUUCGUUUCUCUUAGUUCUUUUUUCUUUCUUUCUUUCUUUCUUUCUUUCUUUCUUUUUUCUUUCUUUCUUUCUUUCUUUACCCAAACAUCGAUUUAUUUGUUUCAUUCUUUUUUUUUUAUUUUUCGUUAACUCCUUUCGGCUUUUGUAUUUUGCUCCUUUAAAUAAAUAUUUUCCUCUUUCAUUCUUUUCUUUUUUCCGAUAUUCUUACUUUCCUAUGUUUUUAAUUGUUUGCUUCAUUCAAAAUAACUAA